GUAAAGACGAUCACAUGCAGGUUUGUGUAACGGGUUGCCGGUUGUCUUGUGUGUAGAUAAAGUACCUGUGUUUGGAUGAUAUUGAAGGGAAGCAUGAGAAGCUGACAGGCAGAUCUGCUACAGUUACGACACAGGGGUAACUGGUUGAUUAUUCCCAUAGAAACAUUUGAAGCUGAUAAUGGGUCUCCUGACACAACUACAACUGUUACUGUGGAAAAACUUUACCCUGCGGAGAAGACAGAAGGUGCGGUUGCUGGUGGAGUUAAUUUGGCCUCUGUUUCUGUUCUUCAUUCUUGUGGCGGUCAGAUCCACCAAUGAACCUGCUUACAAAAGCCAGUGUCACUACCCCAAUAAGCCCCUCCCCUCGGCAGGUGUGUUGCCAUGGCUACAGGGCAUGCUGUGUAAUAUACAGAACCCAUGUGUGGAUAAUCCCACGCCAGGUGAAGCACCAGGAGAGGUGAACAACUUCAAUGACUCAAUACUCACAAAGGUUUUGAUUGAGGUUCAGUCGCUCCUGGCAGACCCCGCCCUCCUUAGCAGCCUCAAACUGCUGUCCGGAGAUGUUGGCCAAUGGGCUUCCAUCCUGCAGAAUGCUAAUCCAGAGGGAGGUCAAUCCAUUCCACUGCGCAGUCUGCUAGGAAGCAACGAGACGUUUUCAGAAUAUCUGAUGAACAGCUUGUCCGUGCCAAACACAACAGCCGCAAACCUGAUGAGGGUGAAGGUUCGCCUCGGACAGAUCCCUGCGCUGUCAGGUGGGGGUGAUUUGCGCUCUGUGCUCUGCAGCGCAUCUGUUGACCGCAUCCUGGAGUUUAAUUCUGACUCUCAAAAAGAAGAGUUCAACAACGUCACAUGUUCAAUGACAGCCGAUCAACUUCGCACAACCUCACAGGUUUUCGCGCAGAACCUCGACAACAUGAAACUUUUAACAGCUCUUCCAUUAGCGCUGGAUCUGAACCGGUUCGAGGUGGCCACUCUUAUGGCUCAAACCAGCGGUCACAUCUUUCCGCUGUUGGCUGGGAUGUCUAGAUUCCAGACUUCAACACUGCUGAGUGUGGCAGAUAAUUUAGACUUCCAGUCGGAUCCAUUCGGUGGCUUCAGUUUGCUGAUGUGUGGAUCAGGCUUUAACUCGACGUCCAGCAACACCAGCAGAUCGGUCUUCAAAACUGAGUCACUCAACUCAAACCAGCAAAACACACGUGCUGCAACAGCUGAGAACUCCAACACGACCAACACCAACGGCAGUGAUUUCUGUAAAAAUCUAACGGACACACUGGAGAGUUCGUCCGCCAUGCGUCUGUUCUGGAGAACCUUCCGUCCCUUCUUGCAGGGAAAAAUCCUUUAUGCUCCUGACACAAACGUUACGCAGAGAAUCAUUUCAGAGGCCAACCAUACGUUUGACGCUCUGGCUAAAGUGGGCGAACUUGCCGAGGCGUGGCUUCAAAACAAAGCCGAGAUCUGGGAUUUCUUCAACAACAGCAUGCAGAUCAACACGCUGAGGGUUAUUUUGAAGAACCCUGUGUUUGCAGUAGUUCUCGACCAAUGGCUUGAGGGAAACAGGCUCUCCACAGCGCUAAUCUCCAACUUCCUGUUUAACGGUCCAGAUUCGGAGCGUCCUCCAGGAAUGGCACCGUUUGAUUGGAGGACCGUCUUCAAUGCCAUCACCCAGGUGGCAGAACCGCUCACUCAGAUUUUAAAGUGUUUUGAUCUGGAUAAGUUUGAAGGUGUCAGCAGCGAGCCUCUGCUGGUCGAACAUGCUCUGAAACUCUUGGCUCAGGACAGGUACUGGGCUGGAGUGGUUUUCACGGAUCUCUAUGCAAACGGUAAUGACCCCAGUGACCCCCAGCCACCGACACACAUCAAAUACAAGAUCCGCAUGGACAUUGAAGACACAGAGAGGACAGACAAAAUCAAGGAGAGGUCCUGGUACCCGUCAGCCCGUGACAACCCCUUUAAUGACCUGCGGUAUGUGAGAGGGGGGUUUGUGUACCUGCAGGACAUGUUGGAUCGUGGAAUCAUUCGGGUCCAGACCGGAAUCAGCCAACCACUUGGAGUAUACGCACAACAGAUGCCCUACCCAUGCUAUGUCGACGAUGUGUUCCUGCGGUCUCUGACGCGCUCCCUGCCUCUCUACAUGACCUUGGCCUGGAUCUUCUCGGUAGCGCUCAUAAUAAAGGGCGUGGUUCAGGAGAAGGAAGCGCGUCUGAAGGAGACCGUGAGGAUGAUGGGAUUGAAGAGCUCCAUCUACUGGCUGAGCUGGGCCAUCAGCAGCACGCUGCCCCUCAGCAUCAGCGCCGCCCUCCUCACUCUCAUUCUGAAGUAUGGAAAGGUUUUGAGAUACAGUGACCCUUCGGUGAUCUUUGUCUUUCUGCUGGUCUUCUGCGUGGCCACCGUCAUGCAGUGCUUUUUCAUAAGUGUGUUUUUCUCUCGGGCAAACCUGGCAGCCGCCUGUGGGGGUCUCAUCUAUUUCCUCCUCUACCUGCCUCAUGUCCUGUGCUACGCCUGGAGGGAUGUCAUGGGGUUCGGCACCAAGCUUGCCACGAGUCUGCUGUCAUGUGUGGCCUUUGGAUAUGGUUGUGAGAAUUUCGCCCGGUAUGAAGAGCAGGGCAUUGGAAUUCAGUGGAGCAACAUCUGGGUGAGUCCGCAGGAGAACGACCCCUAUUCCUUCAUCGUUUCCAUCUUCAUGAUGCUAUUAGACGCGCUGAUCUACUGGAUACUCACCUGGUACAUUGAGAACGUCUUCCCUGGGCAGUAUGGUAUUUCAAAGCCUUGGUAUUUUCCCUUUACUUCCUCAUUCUGGUGUGGAACUCCAGUGGGUUCUGAUGCAGAACCUGACCUUCUCAAAGAACUGGAGGAGCAGAAAGGAUACCUGGAGAAGCCUCCGGCAGACAUGAAAGUCGGCGUGUGUGUCCGUAACCUGGUGAAGGUGUAUAAGACAGGAAAUAAACUGGCUGUGGAUGGACUCAGUCUGGACUUCUAUCAGGAUCACAUCACAUCAUUUCUGGGACACAACGGUGCCGGAAAAACAACAACCAUGUCAAUUCUGACAGGCCUCUUUGGUCCUACCUCUGGUACAGCGUAUAUAAAUGGAUAUGACAUCCGCACAGACAUGGACACAAUCAGGAAACAUUUGGGAAUGUGUCCACAACACAAUGUCCUCUUCAACGAUUUGACAGUGGAGGAACACAUUUAUUUCUACUCCCGUCUGAAGGGGCGGAGCUCUAAAGAGGUGCAGACGGAAAUUGAUCAGUUGAUAAAUGAUGUGGGUCUGCCUCACAAACGCAAAGAUCUUGCCAAGAACCUCUCAGGUGGAAUGCAGAGGAAGUUGUCUGUUGCGAUAGCGUUUGUAGGUGGGUCCAAUGUUGUGAUUCUGGAUGAGCCCACUGCGGGAGUGGAUCCAUAUGCACGCAGAGGCAUCUGGGAAUUGCUGCUCAAAUAUAAACAAGGUCGCACUAUAAUCUUGUCUACCCAUCACAUGGAUGAGGCGGAUAUUCUGGGUGACCGCAUUGCCAUCAUCUCUCACGGCCGAGUCUGCUGCUGCGGUUCUUCUUUCUUCCUCAAGAAAACAUACGGCAGAGGAUAUUACCUCACCGUGGCGCGGGCCAAUCAGGAACAAGUGACAUCACAUUGCACCCCCACAUCUAAAGAGAGUGAUAAAUCAAGUGUCGACGAGGGAAUUUGUGGCGACAGCAUUAGCAGUCUGGACCCAUCAGAUUUGGCAGAUUUGACUAGGCUGGUGCGACGGCACGUGCCAGGGGUGGAGUUUCUGGAGGUCAUAGGUCAAGAACUUGUGUUUUUAUUGCCAUACACAAGUGCCACAGACGGCAGCUUCGCUUCACUUUUUAAAGAGUUGGACCUGGAGAAAAAAGCUCUGGGCAUCACCAGCUAUGGGAUUUCAGACACCAGCCUGGAAGAGAUCUUUCUAAAGGUGGCUAAAGAUACAGGUGUUGACGUGGGAUCUCAUGGUUUGGAACCAACUGAGGAUAAGAGUGUGACUCUUGAAGAAAAGCACAGAAGCCUCUCAAGGAUAUCAGGAAUACAGACCAUCAACUCUGCACUGGAAUGCAAAGAUGGCGACGCUGUAAAAAAUGACGUGAAAGUUCGGUUCACUAGUCGAGUGGAGGACACCCAGCGGCCCAUGUGUGUGAACGGAAAGGGGUCUUCUGUCAUCACAGGCUGGUCUUUGAUCAGACAGCAGUUUUUAGCUCUUUUUAUCAAACGCUUCCACCAUGCCCGCAGAAGCAGGAAAGGAAUCAUUGCUCAGGUGGUGAUGCCGGCGUUCUUUGUGUGUUUGGCUCUCAUCUUCUCUCUGAUUAUUCCUCCGUUUGUGGAAUAUCCCAAUCUGGAGCUUCAGCAAUGGAUGUACGGAGCGCCACAGAACACCUUCUACAGUUUUGAUGAUGCAGGAGUAGUUCAGGUGCAGAAGGUGACAAACGCUUUGCUUAGUUCUCCUGGAUUUGGAACACGAUGCAUGAGCAGCAACCCCAUCCCAAAAUACCCCUGUAAUCCGGCGGGAGGCACUGAUUGGAUGACUCCUGUGGUAGAUCCGUCUAUCACUGAGAUCUUUGAGAAGGGGAACUGGACCAUGAAGAAUCCAUCACCUGAGUGCCAAUGCAGCACUCCUCAACGCAGCAUCAUGCUUCCAGACUGCCCGCCCGGAGCCGGAGGCUUACCGCCACCUCAGAGAAUCCAAAACACCACGGACACCCUCCAGAACCUCACCGCACGAAAUAUGACUGACUUCCUGCUCAAAAACUACCAAAAGUCUGGCAAAACACGGUAUGGAGGAAUAUCUGUGGGAGGUGUGAACCCACAGGUCAAAAUGAACGAGUCUGAGAUUAUGGCCGUGAUCACUGACCUCAAAUCGGUUUUCAACAUCUCGCAGACCAACUUGACAGAUGGACUUUUUCAAGCUCUUCAGUUGAUUCUGGUUGAACUGGGUACAAGAGACAAUGUCAAGGUGUGGUUCUAUAACCAGGGCUGGCAUUCCCUCGUGUCAUUCCUGAACGUGGCAAAUAAUGGGAUUUUAAGAGGAAAUCUGCCCACGGGACACAGACCAGAGGAAUACGGAAUCACCACGUUUAACCACCCAUUGAAUAUGACUAAAGAACAGCUAUCAUUCGCGGCCAUGGCGACGACAUCUACGGACGUGGUGGUGGCGAUCUGCGUGAUCUUCGCCAUGUCCUUCAUCCCGGCCAGCUUCGUCCUCUUCCUCAUCCAGGAGCGUGUCAGUAAAGCCAAACACCUGCAGUUCGUCAGCGGGGUGAAUCCCACCAUCUACUGGCUGGCCAACUUCGCCUGGGACAUGUGUAAUUAUAUCGUCCCAUGUAUCAUUGUCAUUGUCAUAUUCCUGUGUUUCCAACAAAAAGCCUACGUCUCUCCUCCUAACCUCCCCGCCCUCAUCCUGCUGCUGGUGCUGUACGGAUGGUCCAUCACUCCGAUGAUGUAUCCUGCCUCUUUCGUGUUCAGUGUCCCUAGCACAGCCUAUGUGGUCCUUACCUGCAUUAACCUCUUCAUUGGUAUUAAUGGCAGUGUGGCCACAUUUGUCAUGGAGCUGUUCGACGACCCGAAAAUAACACGUAUCAAUGACAUAGUGAAGCAGGCUCUGCUGGUGUUUCCUCAUUUCUGCCUGGGCCGAGGGCUCAUGGACAUGGCCAAAAACCAAGCCAUUGGGACCCUCUACAAAAAUCUGGGUGAGGACCGCUUUGAAGAUCCGCUCAGUUGGGAUAUGGUGGGCAAGAAUCUGUUUGCCAUGGCCAUCCAGGGAGCCGUAAUGUUCACCCUGACUCUGCUCCUUCAAUACAAGUUCUUCUGCAAGCCUUUGUCAGUAAAGGCAUUACCAACAUCUACAGCGAAAGAGGAUGAAGAUGUCGCUCGCGAGCGUGAACGUGUCCACAAGGGUGGAGCUCAGAACGACAUGCUCCGAAUUUGUGACCUCACUAAGAUGUACCGGAUGAAGCUCACUCCAGCCGUGGACAAAAUCUGUGUCGGCGUUCCUGCUGCAGAAUGUUUUGGUUUGCUGGGGAUCAAUGGAGCAGGAAAAACGACAACAUUUAAAAUGCUAACCGGAGACAUCAGUCCGACAGGAGGUGACUUCCUGAAUGGAAACAGCAUCCGUACUGAAAUGCAGUUGGUUCAGCAGAAUAUGGGAUAUUGUCCUCAGUUUGAUGCCAUAGACGACCUUCUGACGGGACGUGAGCACUUGGAGUUCUACGCUCGACUACGAGGCGUUCCGGAAAAAGAGGUCGCCAUGGUGGCUGAGUGGGGCAUUCAAAAGCUUGGCCUCGUGAAAUACUCUGAGAAAUCUGCUGGAACCUACAGUGGUGGGAACAAACGCAAACUGUCCACCUCAAUGGCGUUGAUUGGCUGUCCUCCUCUGGUCUUCCUCGAUGAACCCACCACAGGUAUGGACCCAAAAGCCAGGCGUUUUCUCUGGGACUGUAUCCUUAGUGUCAUCAAAGAGGGGAGAUCUGUUAUACUCACCUCACACAGUAUGGAGGAAUGUGAAGCGUUGUGCACUCGCAUGGCCAUCAUGGUGAAUGGCCAGUUUAAAUGUCUGGGCAGCAUUCAGCACCUUAAGAGCAGGUUCGGAGAGGGUUAUACAGUUAUCGUGCGGGUCUGCGCAGAUCAGACCGAUCUGGCCGUGGUGGAGACGUUUAUGCGGGACACGUUUGCCGGGAGCGUUUUGAAAGAGAAGCAUCACAACACGCUGCAGUAUCAGAUACCGCAGGAAGAGGGUGCUCUUGCAAACAUCUUCAGCCAGCUCAACAAACACCAGCACACUCUGGGUGUGGAGGACUACUCGGUGUCUCAAACUACACUAGACCAGGUGUUUGUAAGUUUUGCACGGCAGCAGCGUGAUGAGGAGGACGGAGGAUAUGAAAAUGAUGUGGAUAUGAGUGAUGAGAUGCAAACAUCUGCAACUUGAUUCAAACCAGCAUGGGCUGCUACAUGCACUUUAAAUCAUUUAUUUAUUUAUUUAGGUUAGUUUCAGAAUCUACAUGAAUGUCAACAUUAGAUUGAAUGAUUUUGUUCAAAACAUCUCAUACAGGAAUAGAGCCAUCCAGAAAAACUCAGGGGUAUUUUUUAGGAAAUAUUUUAACAGAUAUUUAGACGAAGGUUAUUUUUAUGAAAGAUUCAAAUGUUUAACAUUAAUUUCUCCAUAUACAUUUAAUAUUUUUGCUAAAUUGUAAGAGAAAAAUAAGCGGUACUGUAAUGGUAAUGUUUGGACAAACCUUUCUUGUAGACACAUUUAAACUGGGUAUAUCUAAUAUAUGAAAUACUUCACAAUACUAUUUUAACUUAAAACAUUUAAAGGAUUGAGUUGAUGCAAAAAGUCUGAGCAUCACUUACAUAUUACAUUUAAUUACAUUACACCUUUAAACUAAAGAUUUGUUUGCUUUAACGGUUCUCGACUGGUUUUGGUUCUGAUGUGAUACAGUACAAAACCUGAACUAUUUAAAAUAUUUUGUGUGGUAAUUAUUCACAGACUAUGUUCAUGUGGACUGAUGUCAGAUUGUGCUCAUGAGAGUGAGGUCGUAUAUGCAUUAAGAAAUAAAAAUAACAUUCAUACCUCACAGCAAAAACAGAUCUCGGCACUUACCAGCUCUCAAUCCUGUUGUUUACUCUGCAUUUGUUUUCAUUCCCAAGUCUCUGUGUAUCUGCUACUGAGAUAUUAGUUCUGCUCUUUGCUUUAUGAACACAUUAAACGUAUGCACACUC